AUGGUAGAGGUGCAUCAGCAAACCACCACAGCGUUUAAAACCACUCAACAGCCAGGACAGAAACAAGAUUUUAUUCCUGUUACCGAGGUUUCAAGGACGUCUCGUGUCACAGACGUAAUGCCUGAAGGUCAUUUAAGUAGUCUUAAUGACGACCGCCUGCCACAAACUCAGCAAUUCGAGAAGGAUAGCAGUGAGAGAGGGGCGCCGGCCGAGCAACAGAAUAUGUACAGAUUGACUUCCGAAGAGCUGCACCAAGAUCCUGUUGUGUGUGGAGCAGAAGCCGGUGUGACAUCCCGUGGUGAAGGGAAGUUCGAUCAAGAGAAGAGCUCUCACAUCUCUUCUAACCCUUUCAAAGACCUUGUUCACCAAGAGGGAACUCAAGCUCACCACCGGAAGGAAAAGAGAUCCCACCAUCACCACCACCACCAAAAAGAAAGCCAAAGCCAAAGUGAAUCUGGAAAUUAUCAGGAGGGGACUGAACAGGGCAUUCCAGGAACCAUGCAAACUGGUGGGAAAGAGGAAAUUGAUUUGCCAGGAACUUGGAAACAGGGAGAAAACACUCAAAAGCCCGUUUCAAAAGGAAAGGGAAAAUCUUUCAGUACUACACUCCCCGUUGGAGGCAUUUCCUCGGGACCCCACAAUUAUCUUGCCUCCGAGCAAACUGCCUCUGGAGGGGAAGGGAAAGGCUUGAGGGACGACAGGGCACAAAACUCAGAAUCCCACGAAAAAGACGCCCAAACCCAAGUCAAGGAUGGGAGUGAGACAGAGGAACGUUCACCAAUGCAACACUUGAAAGAUGUCUUCACUUUCAAGAGUAAAAGUUCUGAACACCGCAGGAAUUCCAGAACUGCUGAUGAUCCGCAUAGUUCGAAGAUUCAUCCUCAUAAAGUGGAAGGAGUUCAUGAGUCUAAGAAAGCUGAAAGCACCACGCAUCACGACAGUUCCCAUUUCCACAAAAAGAUGGGCACUGGCGGGCAUGGAAAGGAGGAAUUGAAUAAAUUCAAAGUCACCAAGGCGCCAAAUCAGGAGGAUGCGCCAAUGAUGCCAACGUCGGAACCUGUCAUUAUAAGUUCGAAAAAUAAGAAUUCACAAAUCAAGUCAGCUCGAAGCGAGCCUCUCGUAACGGAAAGUGAUAAUAACAGAGGUUUUCAAGAAGGGACCGAGGGCCAGUAUGGCAGUGACCCUGAGACCGCUAAUCCUCAAGGGAUUUCUGCUGGUAUGAAAAACCUUGGCAUAAGUGGAACAACUGAGGAACAACCAUAUGAUCCAUUGAUGAAGGACUUACCUCCCAUUCGGAACGAGGGCAGGGAAACUGCUAAGGAAACAAGUGGAAUGUCCGGUGGUUAUAAUGCACGUGACUUUGCGAACCAAUCCCAAAUGAAUCCUUCCGCUGCGAUGGCUCAGGGCCACGGAAAGGCUCAAACUAGUCCACAUGUCAACCCUGGAAUUACUCAUGGAGCUUACAAGCCUAAAGUUACAACUUCAGCUGUAGAUUCAGAUUCUGAGCAUGGGUAUGAUGAGUACAGACCCGAAGUUUCGAAUGCGCAAGGAAUGAAAACAACUGCCGAUGUUCCCGAAGACAGUCGCCGCCGUUCAUCCCUAAUGGAAUCAGCGGAAUCUCCAGAUGAAGGUACUCAUGAGAAGCGUCGAAGCUUGAGUAUGGGCAAUGGGGCACCAUUCCCAGUUUUGAGAAGAAGAUUGUCAAGGAAAUCUGAAUCACACUCUCCCAAGGAAGAAGCGAUUGAAGAUUCCUCUGAACAAAAUCACGAGCACGGAUCAUUUGGAACAACGAUCAAAGAGGUUAUGGGAUCUGUCAUUGGAAGGAAAAAUAGCCAUGGCGGCAAACGAGCCAAUGAGGCGCAUAAUGCAACUGAAAGCACCAGCACUCAGCCCAAUGAAAAUAAAACUGCAACGUAUGCACCUCCAGCACCUCCAGCACCUCCAGCGCCUCCACAAAGCGCGCUAGCACCUGGGAUUCAAAGGCCUAGACAUGAAUCUGAUCCUUAUUCUAACCUUGGAGGAACAACAUCCGAAACUGCAGAUAGUUAUGCAAAGGUUAUGGGAAACUUACCAAGUCUUGUCGAUCCUCAUGUUCCUACUUACGGAGCAAUUGCUCAUCGCAAGAACUCUACAGGUGAAACAAACGCGCCAGAGCCCGGUUUCGUCAUGCAAGGAUCACAUGGUCAAAGAAAUGUCUCGGUGGGAUCGGCUGAUCAUCCAUUGGAAUCCAGUAGAGGACAACACGAGCAAAUGCCCAUGGUCAGAGACGAAUCCAACAUCCCAAGGAGCGCCCAGAUGGAAACAAUGGAGAAAGUGAAAAAUGAAGAAUUGCCAAAAGGUGGUCAGGUUGAGUCAAAACCCAAGCUCGCUCUUGAGUCCACUAUGAUGUAG